AGGGAGGGGCCGGCGAGGCCUGCCGUGGAGUACGGUGGCCCGGAGGGGGCAGCUGUGGACGCGAGUGGCGGGGUGAUGGCGGCGCGGCCCGGCCGGCUGGUGGCCAGAGCCCAGCACUGAUGAGUCAGCGAGGGGAUUCCAGGAUGACUGGUGUGGACACGAGGAGCAAAUGAUGGUGCCCACAAAGCAGCAAAUCCCAGCCAUACGCUCAUGAUUAGGCAACACCAUGGGAGCCAAGGGCAGCAGCCUCCAUGGGAGACCUUUCUGUGCCUUGCAACAGCUCUGUGCAGUGUCCUUCUUCAGCUGCGCAGUCAGCGUGCGUCUGUGUCCGCUUUCUCUAUCUAAUUUGUUCCGCUAGUCUCCGCAGAUUCCAAGACAGCUCCCCCAUACAGAGGAGUCUGGCUCCACUUUCAACAGUACCAAAUCUGAGAUAUCAAGCAGCUACCUAGAACUAUUAGAAGAAAGCUGGUGUUUUUCAGCUGGGCCUGGUGAUGCCAGCCCAUGAUUCCGGAGACUUGCUUGUCUGAGGCAGGAGGAUCACAAGUUCAAGGUCUCCCUGAGCUACAGAGAGAGAUCAAGGUUUCACCGAGGGAACAUCUUAGAGAGUCAUUGUAUUUCUAAACCUUCAAUAUUUACACCUUGGGGCUGUUGACUCUCUUAUCAUACACAUUUUGGAAUCAAAAUGGAAGGUGUCCAAGAAAUUUUGGACCAGUUAUACAAGAAAGUACUUCUUGGAGCCAUUCUUGAAGAUGAUGUCUAUGGUUACAUCCAUUAUCUCAACCCAGACCUCUCCGAACAAGCUGGCUGUACAGCUCCCUCUUUAGCUCAGUCUGAUGUCAAUGGUACACUUGAUGGUGUGCCAGGCCAGCAUGGGCCAUCCUCCAAUGAGCCGACCACCCUUCCUGAAACACGGGAGUGUGCAAAGAGACACUUUCAGAUGAGCACGGCCCGGGAGGUGACACUCCUUCAGUUAACAGUGAUCGACGUGAUGCUGAGCCGAGUGCUGUCUGCUGAAACUGAGACCCACGCAAAGGAGAAGUACAGAGAGCUGAUUAAAGUCCUCUUGCAGUCAGCUGAAGUCGAUUCCAAAUUGAUCUGGAUGCUCCAGAAUCCCGACAAGUUGUCGUCUCACAUGGCUGCCAAGUGCCUCUCAUCGCUCCUCUAUUUCCAACUGAGAGAGAAGAUGACAUUAAGCAAUCCCUGGCUCACUUUUUGCCAAAAGCAUCUCUCUGAAUCCUCUGGGAGCAGUGAAGCAGCACAUUGCCUCUGGAUUCUUACAGCUGUCAUCAAAGAAAUCUUUAGAGAUACACAUUCACGGCAAGCAGAAAUUCUAAAGCAACUCUUGACUCCUUUCGACAUUACUUUUGAAGUGUUCUACAAUUCCUUAUUUUCUCAGCAUUUUGGAAACUUCCAGAAUCCCUCUAACAUAGUCAACAGCCUGGUGUGCUUCCUGGAGCUGCUUGAACUUCUCAUAGCCUCCAGAAUCCACCUGAAAUUGCACUUUCGGAGUCAAAGGAUGCUGUUUUUGAAACCCCAUGCUCUAGAUAGUCUUGCCUGGCCUGUUCCAGCUUUUGUUAAAAGGAAAUUGGUUAUAGUCAUCAAAAAGUGCCUUCUUGGUAAAAUGGGGGAAGACCUCUGCCGUGGUUCUGUGCCUGCCCUGAUGUCACCAGACCACCUUCUAGACAGUGACGAGUUGGCCUUAGCUGAUGCACUUCUGCACGCCGUGCAUCUGGGGUUGUGGAAGGAAUUGUCUGUGCCUGGAAAGCCUUCCUGCUUUGGAGGGGAUGAAGUUCAACCUGGAUGCCGACCCAGGUCUGGCCCUGAUCACGUGACCCUGAGAGCAGCAAGCUUAAUCACAGUGAAAUCCUUAGAAAUCAAGUUCCAGAAUUGUACCUCAGCAACUGAAAUGAAAGUUGACUUGCAGAAGUUCAUGGCCGAGUUACUGACCUUCUUAAAGCCUCACCUUCAGCCCUCUCUCCAGUUACACAACCCAUGUGAAUGGCUGUCCAGGGUCUUUAUAGAGCAGGAUGAUGACAUGCUGGAGGCUGCCAAAGCAUCCCUGAGCAUCUACCUGCAGCUGACAAGAAAUAUCUUGUGGUUUCCUCCCAUUUUAACUCUGCCUUACAUGAAAAUGGAUGCUCUUUGCAUUAUCCUGAGAAGCUGGCUGGCUGAGCAGAUCAGGGAUAGUGAAGCAAGACCAGGACCCCUGGGCCCCGGUGUGUUGCCUGUGGGGUCAAGAGGAGGGGACGAUGCUUCUGGAAGCCUGACCCAAGAAAAUGAAGCAUGGAUCCACUACACACAUAGAAACGGCUGUAAUCCUCACUGUAUUUUCUUAUUCUUAUUAAAGAACAUAGUGUUCGAUUCUACAGUUCUUCUUGACUUCUUGAUUUCCUCCGAAACCUGUUUCCUUGAAUAUUUUGUUAAAUAUUUAAAAUUACUGCAGAAAGACUGGGGUCACUUCCUGUCCAUCUGCAAGUUUUUUGAUGCAGCUGAAUCACAACGUAGAGUAAAUACUCGAGGUCCUGUCUCCUCUCUUGUCCAAGACAGAAGCACCAGCCACACAGUACCUGAUGUUCUGGCUUCUCCUGUUGGCCACAGAAAUGCUUGCCCAUGGGUCCCCUGGGCUUCUGAUGCCUCCUCUGAAUCCCACAGCCAGGUUGUGGUGCCCAAGGAAACUCACACUGUGCCAGCUCAUGGCCCACCUUCCCAGACACCACUGAGUCUGGUAGAUUAUGGCAGCUCAGAAGAUUCUGAUGAAGAAGCCACAAAUCAGCAUUUAACAAACAGCAAACAGACGCCUUUAUGUCAAGAAAUGAGCAGGGAAAUUCAACGCCUGCCUAGGACAUGUAAGGAUCAAAACAGACUUAGCCAGGAGCCUCAGCUGGGGCCUCUGCUUCCCCAAGAGUCUGCUCCCAGUCUCCCCUUCGGUGCUGCAGGGGACAUUGCUCCCAGUGGGACUGUCUGGGGAGUGGGAGUGUUGUUCAGAACAGUGAAAUGCCUUAAGGCGCUCCAGGGCGCUAUCUACCGUUUGCAGGAGAAAAGUCUCUUUCCGUAUAACCCAGCGGCUCUUCUGAAGUUGUUGAAAGGGGUGGAGGCGAAGUGUGAUGAAGUGUGAGCAUCGGGUGACACCGCAGCGUUUGUCCUCAGGGUUUGUUUUCUUUGAUAUAAAUUGCAUGUCUGAGAUAAAUAAAGACAAACCAAAGCU